CGUUCACCUGAACGCGCACGUAGGUCGCGUGUGCCACGCACGUGCGUGGCAGCGUUUUCUAAUUGUUCGUCUUAGCUUAGACCCUGAUUAGCGUAAACAGUUGGUUGGAGAUAACCUGCUCACUUUGUCACGUACCACCACAGUGGCGUCAUGAAGGAUUAGAGCGUUUUCCACCUGCGUAAUCCUAAAGAGUGAUGAACAAAACGAGCUGCGAUGGAAGAGGAAGGACCAAUCAACUUCAAAGCUUUGAGGGCCAAAUUUCAGGAAGAGGCUCUUUUGGCUCAAUCCAGAAACAGUCGACCAGCUGUUGCAGAGAAACCCAAACUCAUCCCACCUCCUGGAGGUCACUGCAGCUCCAUGGUCGACACUAUCAAUAGCACUGUGGAAAACAAGACACCUGUGAUUCCUGGGGUCAUUUUUAGAGACGCACUGCGGGUGUCCGGAGGGAAGCGGCCAAUUUCCUUUCCACCUCAGCCUCUGAAGACGUCCCCGCCAUCGCAGGUUUCCAACAUAGACAGCGUGACCAGGCAGUCCCUCAAAGAGCGGCACCUGCCCCUGGUGCUUCCUGUCCUGUCAGUAAAAGAGCAGAAGGUAGAAUCGCCGGUGAAGAAGGAGCAGAAUGCGGAACAAGAGCGAGUAAAAGAACUCCUGCCUCAAACCAGAAUCAAAAAGAAGGGUUUGCUGCUUCCCUUUAAGUCAGUUAAAGCAUCAAAAGUCGGUACAGAAAACGGAGAAGAUCCCACAUACGCUGAGUUGACCACUAGACCAUGUAGUGCUCCUGGUGAGUUGCCCUCUGUGGAACAACUCACCACAGGGGACGGGGAUUCAGUUCAAAGUGACCAGUCGACGGCUGAGUGCCCCCUCUCCAGUCCAGACCUCACCUCCCCGCAUCAUGCGCUGUCAAACGCCGACUUCGAGAACCGGCUCAUUAGCACCUUGGAGAGGGCCAAGAAGAAGUUCUCCUGUCGGCAGAUUUUGAUUUCCACCAAACCCAAGAGCCUGCUCUCCCCUGAACACGGCUGUAAAGACAAGCCUUUCUGUUCGCCACCAAAGAGCAGUGAAGUUGUCGAGCGUGACCUGCCCCUACCCCCACCGAUUUAUCUUCCACACCUGGCCUGCAUUUCAGCCCGGCCAUUCUGCAAAGUCAAUAACUCUACACGCAAGUCUCCAUUGGAAAAGCAGUUUGGGAAGGAUAAAGCUCAGCUUUUGUCUGGUGUCACAGAUAUUUCUCCUACACCUACUGUUCCUCCAAAGUACCCUUUGCCUGACCUGAGAACACUGGGCCUACAGCCUGCAAAGCCCCCCCGACCUCCAUUAGUAGACCUUAGUUCCUACCAAGCACUCCAUGAGGUGUCACCAGGUCUUGACCCCCUUCUGCCUGGUUCUGAGGAACCAAGGUCUGCGCAGCCAGUAAAUUUCAACACUGCACUUGACGCUCCUGAGUUUCCUGAAUUUGAUAAUACGGAGAUUGAACCCAUGGAGGGAGAACGUGUUGAUCUUGCAGCUAUAGAACUGGAGGCAUUGACCUUAGUCAGCACCAACCUUCCUGCGCCACUUGACUUUAGGUUCACUGAUUUUGAAGAGCCAGGACCUGACUCAUCAGUGUGUGAUCGUGCAAAGCGCGGUGUGAACAUUGUUGACCAUGACCUGAAGCUCGGCAGUCAAAGCAUAAUGCCCCUCGAUCCAGCCAGAUUUCCUGAACCAACAAAUCUUCCAGAGUUCCCAGAGCCUUUUGCACCAGAGCAGUGGUCUCAGAGCGAGGAGGCGGUCAUAGACCCUCCUCCUAACUCCCAAGCUGAUGGAAAUGAUCUGAGAGCUGUUGAGUGCCACUCUGCCCCAGAGGAAACGGAACUUGGUGACCAUUCAAUAAAUAAUGGCUAUCAGCCGCAUAUAGGUGUCUAUCAACAGGGCAGUUACUGUGACAGAGAUGAUAAUGUUUAUGAGGAUGUUGAAAACGUCAACAAAUUCAUCUUAAUCCAAAACUCCCGUAAAUUUAAAACUGGGAUCAAGAAUCCAUAUGCAGAGAGUAAACCUGUGAAGGAAGAGGUGCAUCCUAAGAUGUGGUCACGGAAUUCACGAUUGUCCCAAGCCCUGUCUGAUUGGAUGGGAGGUAUCUGUGAACUGCCAUCUUCAGAUCUGUCCACAAAUAUCCUCUGGAGUUUAAAUCUGGGCUUUGACUGGGGCACUCUUGGACAGUCAGUGACUUUUCCUGGAGCAGCUCCAGUUUUGUCUCGGCUCUAUGUCUCAGGUCGUUGUCCUGUUGAAAGUAAGGAACGCCAAAGCCCCAACACGGCCGACCACAAGGAACAGAAGAAGAAAGAGAAGCAGCGACUGGAGAAGGAAAAAAAGGAGCAAAAGGAAAGAGAGAAGAAGGAAAAUGAGAUGAAGAAAAAGUUCAAAGUAACGGGUGAUGAGGAGCCCAUGUACCACGCAAAGGUGAAGGUGACCAGUAAAGUCCGCAAGAACGACCUGCCUGUGAAGAGUGGGGACACCGUCAGCAUCAUCCGCACCACCAACUGCCCCAAGGGCAAAUGGCUGGCCCAAGAUGACAGCCACAGAUAUGGUUAUAUUUCAGUCAUGAAUGUGGAGCUAAAUAUGAAGGAUGUGCUCGAACUCGGCAAAAAGGCUCAAGCAGCAGGACGAGGAGGCCCCAUAGAGGCAGACACCGUCAGCAUUGGGAGCAGAUGUUCUAGCCACCCUGUGUUAACAAGCAGCUUCACGGAUGACAGUGAGGAGUGGUCGUGUGAAGAUGAGACUCUGUCACCCUCCAACGGAAGCCAUAGCUGUCCCCAGCACAAUUCCUCCAUUCCUGACGUGUCUUGUGGCCUAGUCAGCGCCCAGCACACUCUGAGCGAUGCCUACUCGGAGGACCAGCACGCACAACAUGAAGCCCUGCAGAAACUAGCUGUUUUCUUUCAACACAACAAAAACAUGAAUGACACCAAUGAAUGUGCUGAUGUUCUGGGUAGUGAAGGAGCAACACCCACAAACCCCAAGUCACCAAACUUCUUGUGUGCUGUGGAGGAGCCACCAUAUCUAGACCAGGAGCUUGACUUGGCAGAGCUGGAACUCCUUCCUCCUCCACCUCUAUAUGCAGACGCUUUCUAACUCCAGGAUCACACGAGGCAAAUAAAAAUACCAUGAGCUGCA